AUGCAACUAAACAGCAGCAACGUCACAGAAACUGAGCUUGAUGUUCAGUAUUCUGAAUAUGGAAGGUAUUAUGUGGGACAUGUUCGAGCUGAUAAUAAACAGCGGCAUGGAUCGGGAGCUAUUUAUUUCGGUAAUGGUGUAAAAAUUCAAGUCGAAUAUGAAAAUAAUUAUAAAAUUGGUCAAAGUUACUUGAUAACCAAUACUGGACUAAAAAUUAAAUGUGACUUCGAUACUGAACAACUGCUGAAUUCGUAUCGCUUUACCCUGGAUUUAAUUCUUCUUAACGGUAGUCGCUCACAAUACGAUGUAUAUGGUAAUAUUCAAAUAAAAGAUAUAAUUAAGAUAAUAUCGUUUAAUGACAGCAGCAAAUGUUUUAAACUUUUGGAUGGAAUAUCAAAUAUUGCUUUGAUAUCUGCUAGAGAUGGGAGUGAUACAAACCAUAUUUUAGUUGAAGAAUUCUACGAAAAGUUACCAUUCUUAUUUUCUGUUGCUAAUAUUUGUCCAGAGCAAAUUAAAACUAAACAAGGAUUGUGGUUGGAAAUUGGAACAUCGAUUGUUAAUAAUUGGCUUCAUCGGACCGAUAUUAAAGGAAUAAUUAUAAUUUAUGAAACAUAUGAUUUUUAUCAAACAAAUGGUUUUGAUGAGUUGGAAUUGGUUGAAGACGAAAUUGACACGUAUCGAAUAAUCCCGAACCGAAAUCCCGACAUAUAUAACUUUUUGAAUGUAGUUUUGGAUGGUAACACAAUUAAUAUACCAAUUAUAGUGAUUACAAAAAUAAUAAACAAGCACUUUGACAAAUCAAUGAUAGUUGUUUUUACAGAUAUAUUAAAAGCUAUCCAAUUAGUAAUAAAUUCGAUAUUUGAUAAUGAGUCACGUUGUAGUCCACUGAUUAUGUCAGAGAAAAAUAUCUAUGAUACAAAGUCAAAAACUUUAACUAAAGUUGUAAAAUCAAAACCUGGUUUUGCAAUACUGGCGAAAUACGAUGAUGAACAACCACCAAACUUAUCUGAAAUUAGAUGCCUUAAUUCGAGUUGGACGUAUGUUGAAAUAUGCAAUGAAUCACAUAUUUUAAGACCUAACGAUACGUGUUACCCUGUUUAUUAUCCAUCAGAAGUACAACGUGCUUUUUAUAUGUCUCUGGUGAAUCGUACGAACUAA